AUGACUGGGAUGAUAUUUGGCAAAGAUAGGGCAACUAGUAAGAAUGUGCAGGGUCUUGAGGAGUUGGUCGAUGAUAGUUCAUAUGCAUGUGAUCCCUCUGUUGAAGACAACAUCGUGCCAAUGCACACCAACAUGAGGAUGGAUGAUGCUAGAGGCUCACAAAGUGUAACACUAAGCAACAUUGACGAUGUCAAU